CGAGUUACUUAGCGCCCUUUUUAACACCAUUGGCGCUAAAAUCAAAUUUCUUGAAAGAUGGUGAACUCAGGGACCAAAAGAUCAAGACAUUUUCGAUCGGAGAAAGAAAACAUUCCACAGAGCAAGAAGAGAGCAAAUGUUAAAAUCCGCCCGAAGAAGGAGUACACAUUUGCUGAUUUGGGGUGUGACUUGUUGUCGGAGAGUGGUAGUUCAGACUCCGAGAACUUGGAAAUCACACCAAGUGUCACCAGUACAGCCAAUGAAUCACUGUUAUUACAGGCCCCUCGAGUACUACAGAACAGCCAGAGAGACAACACACCAUCUCUAACGAGAACUGUAACACAAGCUUCAAAACAGGAGAAGUGUGAGGAGAAUAUACCUACAAAUCAUCUGGAAAUCCUAAAAGAUGAUGCAGGUUUGAAAAAUUAUGUCAGUCACUUGUCAGAUGAAAUGAUUCUGCGUAUUUUUCACUGGUUACCAAAAUUUACACUUGCCAAAUGUGCUCGAGUUUGUCGCCGCUGGAAUCGUGUUGUUGGAGAUAAAUCUUUAUGGAAAAGGAUUGAUCUGGCCAACAAAAGAGUGAAUACCAGCUGUCUGGGUCUACUGUUACACCGAGGUGUUAAUGUCCUCAGACUGACAAAAACAGAGAUAACAGAGGAUGGGUUUGACAGAUAUUGGAAGGGAGACAAAUCCGGGUUCCAGUCCCUACAGUACCUUGAUUUGAGUCUGUCAUCAGCCAGUACUGUUAUGAUGGGGCACCUGUUCUCCUCCUGUCAAAAUCUGAGGAAACUCAGUCUGGAGCUCUGUACGAUAGAUGAUAAUGUCGCCCAUUUGUUUGGCCAGAACAAGAAUCUACAGGUGUUAAAUCUUAGUAUGUGUGAGGGACUGACGACAUCAGGACUGGCGGCCAUCCUCUCUGGAUGUAGAAGGUUAACUUCCCUGAAUUUAGCUUGGACUGGUCUGAAGAGGCAGACUGUGGCCUACUUAUCCUUAUGUCUUCCCCCCACAGUACGAAAACUGAACCUAAGUGGGUGUCGAGAACACAUCACAGAUGAAGAGGUACUACAGCUGGUUAGAACCUGUCCUGACCUCACAGAACUUGAUCUCUCGGACUCCACGGUCAUCACUGGACUGUCCAUCUCGUACAUCAUGUCUCACCUGAACAAUCUCCAAUACCUGGCUCUCAGCAGGUGUUACAGACUCCCCUGUAACAACAUCAGAGAGUUGUCGUGUCACCCACGGCUGUCUGAAGUGGAGGUCUUUGGAAUGUUCCGUGACGGAACGAUGGAACAUCUCAAACAUGAAAUGAGGAACCUGGAACUGAAUCGAUACCCCUUCUCCAACAUUGCGAGGCCCACCACGGGGAUCAGAAUGACCUCUCUGUGGGGCCUGAGGGUAAGGGACAAUGCUGUAUGACGACCCAUAACUCAAUCAAGUGCCAAAUUCAGAGAGCAGCAAUAAAUAGUCAAUACACAUAUCAGCAUGUCUCAGGAAAGAAAGCUAUCUGUUCAAUUCUCAAUUUGUGUAAGUGAAUUAAAAUGGAAGAAAAAUAGAUGUUUUUUUAGGUUGUUGAGAGUGACAUAUAUACUGGGUCAUUGUUUAAAUGUCAGGAGAAUAUCUGAUGAGAACAUAAUGUCAGUGUGUGCUGUACUUAUUAUUUGUUACAUGAUGAAUCAAAAAGAAACAAGUAUUAACUUUUACUUACUGUUUCAAUAUUUGUUAGUAUGUACUGUGGAAUCAUCAUUGUUGAUGGGGUAUCAAUGCUCUUGGAUUUUGUGGGUGAUCCUUACAAAUUUACAUCCCCACAAACGAUAACAUUGUCAAUGUAUUGGUUCAAUUAAUCUUCUA